AUGGCUUCACGUUCCAUCACUGCAAAUGAAGCAGAAACUGAGAUUGCAAUGUUUCCAAAUUGGCUCGAUCUUCCUAGAGACAUCACCGCAAAUAUCCUGCGGAGGGUUGGAACCUAUGAAAUUGUGACAAGUCUGUGUGAAGUGUGCUCUCUAUGGUGGAACAUAUGCAAAGAUCCUAUCAUGUGGCGCACUAUUCACAUGACCAGUUUAUGGAUGCCACCCUACCCUAACUAUAAUUUGGAUUUGGUAAAAAUUUGUUGCAUUGCUAUUGAACGAAGUUGUGGUCAUUUGGAAGACAUUGACGUUAACUCUUUUGCCACUGAUGAUCUUCUUGAAUGCAUGGCUAACAAUGCGAAUAAUCUUCAAUACAUGAGGUUAGUUUUUUGUCGAGAAAUUUCAGAUAAAAAAUUCGGUGAUACAGUGAGAAGGCUUCCCCGAUUAGAGAAGCUUGACAUUUCAUACACCAACAUAUCCAUCGAUUCUCUUGAAGCUAUUGGAAGAUCUUGUCCUCUUUUGAAAUCCCUCAAAUUUUCAAAAAUGGUAUUUAAAGCUAACGAGUGUGAUGACAAUGUGGCAUUUGUUAUUGCAGAAACAAUGUCUGGAUUAUGCCAUCUUGAUAUUGAAGGAUAUACGUUUACUAACGUUGGAUUGCUUGCAAUUAUUGAUGAGUGCCCUCUUCUCGAGUCUCUUGACAUUAUAACUUGUGAUAUUUUUGAUUUGAGUCAAAGUUUGAAGACAAGGUGCUUUGAGGAAAUUAAAUAUUUGCGGCUGCCAUUUAAGUAUACAUAUCCAAACUUUUAUAACGAACUUUUUCGAAGUCGGAACCUUUAG